GAAGAGUUUCCGUUUCCUCGCAAGAGAGGCGAAUGUGCUUACGCCAGAGAUAUUAGACACUUUAGAAAAUAGCUCUAAAUAUUUUGGUGUCUAAAAAUCAAGUCUAUUCAUUAGUAUGCUACAUUGACGUAGCAGUUGCGUAGUUUCCGAGACUGGUAGGGCGUUGUGUUUCCUGGCAAGUGAUUGGAGUCCUUCGUCGUCCGCGGAUUGAUCCCACUCGUGAGCCUCAGCGCUCUAUGGGAAUCGGGAAUGGAACAUUAAUGGAAGCAAGUGGGAGUGUGCUGUGAGAGAUACUGUGAUUUACUAAGGUGUGAAGAACUGGAAGAACUAGGGGGAGAAAAUCUCGAACAAUGUUUGUUUGCUUUAAGUGUUGACGCUGAUACUGAGUGAAGAAUUAAAACGUCGCCGUGUUCUUGCGGCUUAAGUUUAUUGUUCAAGUCUUUAUUACGGAACGUAUCAUUGAAAGCGCUUCGAUGAAAGUUUAACCUGUGUGUAUGGACUUGGGGUUUAUUUGGAUAUUAUUAGAGAAUAUUGACGAUAUUGAGACUCGCCAAGUGUUUUGAACUAUGGAAGCCAUUGCGAAACACGAUUUUAACGCGACGGCCGAUGAUGAAUUGAGUUUCAGGAAAAGUCAAGUGUUGAAGAUUCUUAAUAUGGAAGAUGACAUGAAUUGGUACAGAGCAGAAUUGGAUGGUAAAGAAGGUUUAAUUCCUAGCAACUAUAUUGAGAUGAAAAGUCAUGGUUGGUAUUAUGGACGCAUCACUCGAGCGGAUGCUGAAAAAUUACUCCUCAAUAAACAUGAGGGCGCAUUUCUUAUACGUGUUAGUGAAAGUUCUCCGGGUGAUUUUUCCUUGUCAGUUAAAUGUUCAGAUGGUGUCCAACAUUUUAAAGUGUUGCGAGAUCCACAAGGGAAAUUUUUCUUGUGGGUUGUCAAGUUCACAAGUUUGAAUGAGUUAGUGGAAUACCAUCGCACUUCAUCAGUGUCUCGAUCACAAGAUGUUAAAUUGCGUGACAUGGUGCCUGAGGAAUUUUUAGUGCAAGCCCUUUAUGACUUCACUCCUCAGGAACCUGGAGAAUUGGAAUUCCGACGUGGAGAUGUCAUCACAGUAACGGAUCGGAGUGACCAACAUUGGUGGCAUGGAGAAAUAGGAGCUCGUAAAGGGCUAUUUCCUGCAACCUACGUCACACCUUACCACUCCUAGACCUUUAAGUUACAGUCAUCUCCCUUAACUGCCAUGGAUUUGAUGCAUUUUUAGGUUUAUUUGCAAUUUUUAUUUCAAAAUUUUUUUAUACCUAAAGCUUAUUUAAUUUAAGUGGACAAAAUAAUUGCAUUUGUUGACUGUUCAAGAACAUACACCUGUUGUUACUCCUUUUCAGUGAAGCUCUUCAUGCAUGAAAUGUUCAUGCAUGUAAUCCUACGUAUUAUUUCUCGAGAAACCAUUUGGAGUAGAAAGUUCAAUUUCAUGCAUACUAAGUACUCGGAAUGAGUGGUAUUGUGCAGUAUGUUGUCUGCUCCAGUUUUUUUUCAACAGCAGGUGAAAAUUUUUAGGGACUAUUCUCAACAAGGCCCUUCCCAGAAGAGUUACUGUUGUGUUGUAUGCGGGCCUAUUAACUAACUUCAAAUGUGUUGCUUUCAUCUACAGACUCGUUAAUUGUUGCCAAUUUUUUAUGAUAAUCUCUACCAAUAAACAGUCAGGUUUGACCAGUGAGUGGAGGAACCAGUUUGAGGCCUUAAUCAUAGUUUUCUUUAACCUAAUGAAUAUGUAAUAAUGAGUUUUUGUGUAUUUUGAAUGCGAUGUUCCUUGCUAGCUAAUUAUUGAAAGCCUGAGAGACACUUGACCUAUGUUUAUGUAAUAACCCUUGACUUCCUAAAAUUUAUGUUAUACAAUAUCUCCUUUCAAAUGUGAGAAAGUGAGAUGGAGCUGUGGAACCUUGUUGGAAUGGGGUAACAAACUUUAUUAGAGCCUCAUUUUUUGGCUUUUUGGGCCAGAAAGUGUCUUAGGAUUGUGUGAUGUCUAGAUCUGCAUAGUAAUUAUUUUUCAUUUGAGUUGUAUUGAAGACUGGAAUUUCCUUUUAUUCUUCAGUAAUUCACACGUAUCUCCAGUGCGAAAGAUAAUUCUUUGUUUUUUCCAGCCCCAUUCUAACUUGGUUGUGAACUGAUGACCAUUUAGUAUUUGCAUUCGGUAGUUCUAGAACUCUCUGUUAAUGCAUUUUAAUUUGUUUUGAAACAUAACAUUUGUGAUCGCUACACUUACUCCUCUCAUUCUUUGGUGUUAGUUUCCUGCUAGGUGACAAGUCCUAUUGUAGAGAUAUUGCUGUAUUUUCUUUCUGUACAUUAUGAUUGUUAGUUGUGUGUUGAAAUGUAUAAUUUGUGAAUAUGGAGUUGACAGAUACUUAAGUGCUACCUGGUGUAAUUUAUGGAGAUAUGUCAGCGAAAGCCCAGGCUUGUGUGAUGUGCUGUACGUGUGCUACUGUGCCGUGCAUGGUUUUCUACUUGAGAUUGUGAUGUGAAUUGCAUUGUAUUUGUUAACUAAAUGUGAAUAUUGUAUUGGGUAUGUCACUCACAGUUGGAAGAAGAGAAAAAAAUGAUGUACAAUAUUUUUGCUACAUCUUUGACUUUUAAUGUCAUGUACUUUGCGUACUUUGUGGUAAUAGGAACAACUGUCCUAUUAAUCUGACAGUGACUUUUAGAAAUUUGAUUUGAUCAUAAAUUAUGUACUUUAUAAUGAGUAAUGAUUUUUAAUAUAUCAUUGCAAGUAGGUGAUUCUGUGCAUUGCAUCUAUGGUUCUCUAAAAAAGUUAUUGUGUUAUGAAUUUAAUAUAAACUUAAAAAUAGGCUGCUUAAGUGUAAGCUCCUGAGUUAUUUGUGUAUGAUAUAGCAUUAACCAUUACUUCCAGUGUUUGUGAUUAAAUUGUAUCUUGUAGAAAUUGCCAUUCUACAAGAGAAUAUCUGAGAAAUUUUUUAGAAGGACAAUGUGAUAAUCUCAUUACAAUCACAGUAUACCACCUAUGAUGUACAUAUCCACUUAUAAUAAAAUGAUAUAUGCUUGUA